AUGGCAAUUCGCUAUCUUUUCCUGUUCAUCUUUGCACUUCUGCACAAACCUCACAAGAUUAAUUCAAGUGCUUGCACAUUGGAUUUUACCAGGUUCCCUUUCGAAGCGCAAAGCAAGUGCUUUGACAUGGAUGCCGCAGCUUCUUCGUGUUGCAGCUCUGCCCUCCAAUCUCUCUUCCAAGCAAUGACUCUAAAAUCUAGCCAAUCCAGAUCCAUAUACCUCGAGAUUUCAGAAGCUCAGAAUUGUACGAACAUAUUCGAAAAUCUUCACAACAGGAUCAAUCUUAACAAAUGUGAGCUCCAAGACUUUAUCUCCUCUUCAACACGGGACCUGUGUUCGAACAAUGUGGAUCAAAUUAUUGAUCUUAUCGGGGUUGAAACGUAUAACGAGUUACGCUUCAAUUGUAAGGACUUAUCUAGCAGGAAUCACCGCGAUGAAGUGUGUUUCGAUUGCGUUGUUUCUUACAGGAAAACCUUGCAAGUGCUAAAGGAAAGAAAUAGAGCAAGUGACAAAAGGUGUGCUGAAGCUCUACUUGUUAGUCUAGCUAGCUCAGAUGUUCAAUCCACAAACUUUGUUCAGGGAACUUUUUCGUGUUUGUGGAACGAGAUUCAGUCUCCAUGGCCUACACAAAAAAGUCCAAACAAAGCUUAUAUCUUGGGAUCCAAGAAACUCCUUGCCAUAGUGAUCGUGGCAGUGGCGCUGGUGAUUUUAACUCCGAUUCUUUACAAGAUUACCAGGAAGCAACUAAAAUAUGCAAGCGAAAAAGAUAUCGAAAUCCUAUCCGAUCCUUCAGGGAAAUACUAUGUUGGAAUAAUGCCGAGUGGAAUGCCGACGGUGAUUAAGAGACUAAACCAGGGGAUUAGGGUUCCGAGUUUUGGGGAUGAGGCGUGCCGGAAAGCGAAGAUUAGGCAUCCUAACCUGGUGAGCACUGUGGGGUAUUGUGACAAAGGAGAACACUGUCUUGUUUACGAGCACUGCGGUUUGGCAGGUAAUGGAGCAGGUAAUGUGAAGGCACCAAUCUUGACAUGGGAACCUCGAAUGCAGAUAUCGAUCGGCGUUGCUCGCGGAUUAUGUUUCCUCCAUGCUAAUCCCUUGGAUAAAAUGGUUCAUGGAGAUGUAAAGGUAGCAAACAUAUUUCUGACUGAGAAACUUGAAGCCAAGAUCAUAGACUCCGACUUGUCAAGCUUCAAGCCACAUGAAAGAAAAGGGUUGCGAACCAUCAAGACAGACGUUUUUGAUUUCGGGUUUCUUCUGCUCCAAGUUUUGACAGGAAAGAAGGCAAAAUCACUAAUUGAGGAGGCAAGAGAUGCAAUACUAAAAGGAGCAAGUAUAAGUGCCAUGGCGGAUCCACGGUUAAAUGGGGCUUAUGUUGCCUCUGAAUUUCGAAAUGUCUUGGCCAUAGCCGUUCGAUGCACGGCUCCGAAUGAAGGGGAAAGACCAUACAUGGAAGAGGUUGUAAGGAAACUUGAAGAAACACACAAUUUAGUUUGA